GUCCAUUUGAUUCCUGUGACAUAUUCUGACUUUGUUCUUUGGUGAUAAUUCCUCGUACCAGGUUCAGCUGAACCUGACGGUGGUCCAUUUACCAGAAGCUGUUUCUAGGUCAAGUGGAACCCAUGACUAAGAUGCUCUUCAUGCUCUAUUUUCCUGUCUUCUCCAUGGUUAGAGGGACCAUAUUAAAUACCACAACCAUUGCUGAUAACAAGGCCUAAGUGUUAUCCUUUUAUCCUUGAUGUGCGAUGUAGAACUCAACGUGCUGUGUUUUGAUCCUAGUGUCAACUGGGAGAGUUUGCCUCUAUACUCCUUAAGAUUGUGAUAUUUUUUGGAAGGAAAGAGGCGUGGGACAUUCCCUCGAUUCGUUCUCCGGAGAACCUCUUGUGAGCAUCCUCUUUGUCACGUUUCUCCUUUUGAUUUUUCGUUGCAUCGAGUCUAUGAUAUGACUAACAUCGAUCAUCAAUGCAAUUAUAUAUAUAUAUAUAUAGUACUGUAUCAUAUGUAGACUUUAUCAAGUCAUGGAUUUGCCCAUAGUUUGUAGGUUCAUAUAGUCAUCUGACCCUGCAAUCAAUGUUGCAAUGGAAUUACCAAAAAUUUGAGCCAGAUGUAAAGGCCAAUCUUAUCUAAAGCCAGAAAAAUCCUCGAGCAUUCAAAUGUUGAGGACCAUUGCAGAAAGCAAGAAACACAACGGAAUCUCUGUCGUAUGCAUGCUCAUGUAGAGAACAGAUUCAUAACUAUGGCUUACUCUGCUCUGUCUUCGGUCAAGACUCAGUGGUUGAUGGUUGUAGCUAAUCAUGCUCAUUUGGGAUUCACUAAAUCAACAUCUAUGUGUUGAAUAAAAGACUUCCAAGUCCAAUCCAAGUGUCAACCAGGAAGAUUCUGUACUCUGGGUAGGGAUUCUACGUGUUUAAGAGCUGCCAUUGAUGUCCGGAAUGCCACCUUCAAUUCACGUUGUAAUUGGAGAGAUCAGUAAAUGGAGAACACCUCCUUCCGUUCUUCUCUCCACCCUCGAAAGGUUGAAUCUUGUUUGUAGUCGGUAUGUUGACGAGCUGCAAACCUACCUACAGUGAAACACACCCAUCAACAACUGUCAUUUGAGAGAGAGAGAGAGAUGUUAUAGUAAGCUUGGCUUCCCCUUUGAGCCUUCACAUGUGAAUCCAUGUCAGGAACUGUAUAGUUGGGUAGCUCCCAACCAAAGCAGUCUACUGCUGCUGCUGCUGCUGCUGCUCUCUGCAACCACUGACUGGUAUUCAGUUUCUUCCCAGCCUUUUGGGUUGUGCUGCUGCUUUAUCCAACCGUCCAUCUUCUCCACUGUUCUCACUUUGUUCAGUCUACUCUUCUGUUCUUCCUAUUUCCCCUGUUUUGACAUGGAUUCAUCUUAGGGUUUGCUUCUUCUCCUUGUGUAGUUGCCAUCUCUAGUGGUUCUGGUUCCUUUGAUGGUGGUUUUUAGUGUUGUUGAUCGGUCACGAACAGGGAGACAGCGGUAUAAGAUGGAUGGAGAGAGGAAGGAGUGGCAGGAGUAGGGAAAAGACAGAACAGCGUAAGGUAACGAAACAGGGGAGGCGAGAAAGAGAGUUCUGAGAGGGGGGUUGCUCCUGAUGGACUGGGACUCCAAGAUCCCUCUAUGGGAUUUAGCAGACCUCGGCCGAGAUGCCGAUCCAAGCGUUGGCAUCGGCUGCGGCGUGGGACGCCGGCCGAGCGAGGUGGACUGCUCGGUCGAUCUGAAGCUUGGGGGAUCUGGAGAUUUUGUGCCGUCACAUGGCUGGAAAGACCAACCUAAGGUGCCGACGAUGGCGGCCUCGUCUGGUGCGUCGAAGAGGCUUCCCCGAAACCCUGGAAAUGGCAGCCAGAAAGCGGCAUGCUCGGUCGACGGGUGCAAGGCGGAUUUGAGUGGUUGCAGGGAGUAUCACAGGCGCCACAAGGUCUGCGAAGCCCAUUCCAAGACGCCGGUGGUGAUGGUCGGUGGGCGAGAGCAGCGUUUCUGCCAGCAGUGCAGCAGAUUCCAUUUACUGGUGGAAUUUGAUGAAGUAAAACGAAGCUGUAGAAGACGUCUUGAAGGUCAUAAUAGACGUCGAAGGAAACCGCAGCCAGAUUCCAUAAACUCAGGGAGCUUGUUUGCAAAUCAUCAAGCUUCUUGGACAGGGGCCACAUUUUCUUCAUAUCCUCCAAUAUUUCCAACAGCUACACCAGAACCCAAUUGGCCUGGAGCUGUCAAGACCGAAGACACUGCUCUCUAUGCACAUUGCCUGCCUUCUCAUGGCACAAACAGAAACCAUAAUGUUCUCAGUACCCAAAGCUGGAGCCAAGAAGGAAGGCAGUUUCCUUUCUUGCAGGAGAACAAGACCACCUUCAGCAAAAUAACACUAGGAAUCCCAGUAGGCCAGCCACAUCUCAGGACAUUCAUGCCGUCCGGUAACAGCUGCAGCGGCGGCAAGAUAUUCUCUGAUGGAUCAUCUGAACCUAUCGACUCCGAUUGUGCUCUCUCUCUUCUGUCAGCACCAACUCCGAGCAUCAACACAGGCUUAGGCCAAAUGGUUCAGAUUCCUGCAGGGAUGGAAGACGAUCAUGCGGGCAUUUUUCUCGUCUCCGAUGCUAAUGAAUCUGAGAUACAUUUCCCAAAUGUACUUCAUGUUGGGGGUGAAGGUUCAUCGGUGGGGACAUCUCAAAGUCUUCCAUUUUAUUGGCAGUGUUAGGUCCAGCUCCAGUAAGGUAUCUUUUAGCUAAACAUUGUUGGGGCUCAGCUUCUGAUCCCUCCAUGAUCUGAAGCUUUUUUUUCUCAUUUUAUUUCCAUGACCUGGAAGAAGAUGGACUACCUUAAUUUACUUGUGGUAGAAUAACUAACCAAUGCUGGAAUUGAAUUAUGAUUAAGAUUGUUGUGUUUGCUA